AAAAAAUAAAAGAAAUAUAUAUAUUUUUAAGUUGGGGCAAGUUUUUCAGACGACACAGUCUCAGCAGGACGGAGCCUCCGCCAUCGCCUCAGGCUAAGGUGACACCGUGACAAGGGUUUAGUAUGGCAACCCUUAGAAAUCUGAAAAUCAAGACGGCCACUUGUAAACGUAUAGUUAAGGAGCUGCAUUCUUAUGAGAAAGAGGUUGAAAGAGAAACUGCCAAGACUGCUGACAUGAAGGAGAAAGGAGCUGAUCCUUAUGACCUUAAACAACAGGAGAACGUGCUGGCUGAAUCAAGAAUGAUGAUUCCUGAUUGUCGCAAGCGUCUUGAGGCCUCUCUAGCUGACCUAAAAGGAACUUUGGCUGAGUUGGAGGAGACAAACCAAAAAGAAGGCCCAGAAAUUGAUGAAGCUCAAAGCACCAUUGCAGACGUUGAAAAGUUGUUUCAAACAACGGAAGUUUAGCUGGUCGCCUGUUGUCAAGAGGGUUAACAACCAUUGUGCUGCGAUUGUGAAUUUCCUAAUGUUAAAUUUACUGUAAAACAGCUGGUGGAUAUUGAGUGUUUAUCUUGUGGAUUUCGGAACAUUGAUCAUUUUUCGAAGUGGCUUGCUGAUGGAAAUUAUAUGCAUCUUGAAAUUGGGUUA